AUGGCCGGAGGAGGAGGAGGAGAUGAGCUGAAGCUGCUGGGCAUGUGGGCGAGCCCGUUCGCGCUGCGAGUGAGGAUCGCGCUCAGUCUCAAGGGCCUGAGCUACGAGUACGUCGAGGAGGAUCUCAAGAGCAAGAGCGAGCUGCUGCUCAGCUCCAACCCGGUGCACAAGCUGGUGCCCGUGCUCAUCCACGACGGCAAGCCCGUCUGCGAGUCGCGGAUCAUCGUGGAGUACAUCGACGAGGCCUUCUCCGGCGACGGCGAAUCCCUCCUCCCCGCCGACCCCCACGACCGCGCCGUCGCUCGCUUCUGGGCCUCCUACAUCGACGAAAAGAUGUUCACUGCGUGGAUGCCGAUAUUCGCGGCCAAGACGGAGGAGGAGAAGGCGGAGGCGACGAACCGGACGUUCGAGGUGGCGGAGACGCUGGAGCGAGCUCUGCGGGAGUGCUCCAGGGGGAAGCCCUUCUUCGGCGGCGACGCCGUCGGCUACCUCGACGUCGUGCUCGGAGGCUUCGCCGCGUGGGUGUACGCGAUCGAGGAGCUGUUCGGCCUGAAGCAGUUCGACGCCGCCAGGACGCCGCUCCUGGUGGCGUGGCUGCAGCGCUUCGUCGAGCUCGACGCCGUUAAGGAGGUGAUGCCCGACAGCGGAAGCUUGGUCGAGCUCCACAAGGCGAGGCAGGCACAGGCGGCAGCCGCCGCCGACGACGACGACGACGAGUUUGUCGGCGUCAGGCAUGACGUCCACCACGGCCGGGUGCGCGCAGAAGCGAUCCGCCCAGGCAGCCAGGUUCGGGACCUUGGCGUCGUCGAGGAGCUGGACGCCGGCGAUCUUCUCCACCGCCCUGACCCAUCCGAGGUGCGAACCCAGGGCAAUGUCCAGGUAGCCGAUGCUGUCGCCGCCGAAGUAGUGCUUCCCUUGGCUGCACCUGUGUGCCCAGAAACGCUCGACGGCGCGGCGGUAGGGGUCGCGAGGGAGUAUGGCCGGGGCGCCAUUGGAGGAUGCCCAGGCCUCGUCGAUGUACUCCACGAUGACGAGAGACUCGGCGAUGGGCUUGCCGUGGUGGAGCAGAACGGGGAUCUUCUUGUGCACCGGGUUGUACCUGAGCAGCAGCUCGCUCUUCUUCCCUACCGUCUCCUGCAACACCUCGUGCUCCACCCCCUUCAGGUUCAGCGCCACCAGGACACGCACUUCAACUCUUCCCUUCUCACAACACAACGACCAACCAAAGCAGAGGUCAAGCUAAUACAGAGUAGUCGAGACCUUCAGAGUUUCAGACAGAGGAGGCAAGCCAUGGCAGGCGGCGGAGGAGACGAGCUGAAGCUGCUGGGCAUGUGGGCGAGCCCGUACGUGCUGCGAGCGAAGCUCGCGCUCAGCUUCAAGGGCCUGAGCUACGAGUACGUCGAGGAGGACUUCAAGAACAAGAGCGAGCUCCUCCUCAGCUCCAACCCGGUGCACAAGAAGGUGCCCGUGCUGAUCCACAACGGCAAGCCCGUCUGCGAGUCGCGGGUCAUCGUGCAGUACCUCGACGAGGCGUUCCCCGGCGCCGGCGUCUCCCUCCUCCCCGCCGACCCCCACGAACGCGCCGUCGCUCGCUUCUGGGCCGCCUUCACCGAUGACACGCUCGCGAAGGCGUCGCAGGAAGCGUCGUCGGGGAAGACGGAGGAGGAGAAGGCGGAAGGGGAGAGGAAGGCGGUGGACGCGCUGGAGAAGAUGGAGCGCGGCCUGAGGGAGUGCUCCAAGGGGAAGCCCUUCUUCGGCGGCGACACCGUCGGGUACGUGGACGUCGUGCUCGGCGGCUUCCUUGCGUGGGUGCUCGCCGGCGACGCGAUGAAGGGCGUCAAGAGGUUCGACCCGGCCACCACCCCGCUGCUGGCGGCGUGGGCGGAGCGGUUCGUCGAGCUGGACGCCGCCAAGGCCGUCAUGCCGGACGUGGACAGGCUGAUCGAGUUCGCCAAGGUGAUGCAGGCUCGCGCCGCGGCCGCCGACACCACCAACUGAAACGGACACGAACCCUCGCGAUGCAGUGCAGCUCCGCUUGACAGCUCGUGUCAUGCCGAAGAUGAACAAAUUGUGGGCCGACUAGUAAUUUCCCACGGAAUAGCAGUUGAGGUCCUGGUCUUGCUCUGUCUCUAAUCAUUGUCCGCACUUCAUAAUAAUUUAUUACUCCCCCCAGAGUAUCUAUGAGAAAUUUUACGUUCUUGAGAGACUAUUUAUAGCAA